GGAAAUUGCUCUAAAUAAAGACUCCAAAAACAUGUUGACGAUACUAACACGCGUCAAGUGCGGUGCAUUUGUUCGACUCUUGGCCAGCGGGAUUCAACCCUGUAUUUUUCGACAACAUCAAAGUAUUCGCACUAAUCUCAGGCGGCUGCUUUCCAACAUACAGCCAGGAGAGAAUGUUCGACCACUGGAGGGUGUUAAAGUCCUAGACCUCACAAGGGUCCUGGCUGGCCCAUUUGCCACAAUGAUACUGGGAGACCUGGGUGCUGAGAUUAUCAAAGUCGAGAGACCAGGUGCUGGGGACGACACCAGAUCAUGGGGACCUCCGUUUGUUGGUGAUGAGAGUGCUUAUUUUCUCAGUGUCAACAGAAACAAAAAGAGCGUUGCUGUAAAUCUCAAAGACCCAAGAGGAGCCAAGAUAAUCUUAGAGCUUGCAGGGAUGUGUGAUGUCCUUGUGGAAAACUAUCUACCUGGGAAGCUUGAUCAGAUGGGCCUUGGCUACGACGACGUACACAAAGCAGCCCCGAGACUGGUGUAUUGCUCUAUUUCAGGCUAUGGACAAACUGGGCCGCUGUCCCAGCGACCAGGGUAUGACUCAAUCGCCUCUGCUGUCUCUGGCAUGAUGCACAUCACUGGCCCUGAGGAUGGGGACCCAGUUAGGCCGGGCGUCGCAAUGACUGACCUGGCCACAGGACUCUACGCCCACGGAGCCAUCAUGGCCGCCCUGCUGCAGUGUCACAGGACAGGAAGGGGUGUUCACAUUGACUGCAAUCUGCUUUCCACCCAGGUGGCUUGUCUCACACACAUUGCUGCAAAUUACCUCAAUGCUGGGAAGGAAGCCAGGAGAUGGGGAACAGCCCAUGAGAGCAUCGUUCCAUAUCAGGGUUUCAGAACCAAAGAUGGAUACCUGGUUGUGGCUGCGGGCAACGACAAGCAGUUUGUCAAAGUGUGCAAAAUGCUAGGCCUGAAUCAUCUGUCUGACGAGCCCAAGUACAAAAGCAACACACUCAGAGUGCAGCAUCGCCAAGAGCUGCUUCACAUCCUCUCCCAGAGGUUCUUGGAAGAGGUGACAGGCGAGUGGCUGAGGAGGUUUGAGGGGACAGGCGUGCCCUGUGGCCCCAUCAACAACAUCCAGCAGGUUUUCUCCGAGCCACAGGUUGCAAACAAUGGCCUUAUACUGGAGAUGAACCACCCAACAGCUGGAAAGAUUGCAGUACCAGGGCCAGCGGUCCGAUUCAGCACCUUUGAGAGCAGGGAGCCGAUGCCCCCUCCCAUGAUUGGUCAACACACUGUGCAGGUUCUCAGAGAGAGUCUGUCCUAUAGUGAUGAUGUCAUCAAUCAGCUGCUGGCAUCAGGGACAGUUGCCCAGAAUGAAGUGCAUUGAGAACUGUGCUCUAUCUCAAUUCUUCUUUCCUGAUAACUACAUAAGCACCACAUAAAGGAGGUGAAGAGAGCGGAUGCAAAGAAUCUAGAAAAUAAUAAUUGAGAAAGAGCACUGGUGAAAUUGGUAUAUGAGAAAUGUGCACACCCUGGAUGGAGCACAACUGUUAACCAAUGAAAACUUUCAUGUUCCACCUAGGGUUGCAAAAUGCUGGUAACUUUCCCAAAAUUCCUAGGUUUUCCAGAAAUGUCAGGCAUUUCCACCUAAGCCCUGUUUGGACUCUGCAGGAUUUUUUGUGUUACUUCCGUUAUACAAAGGUUUUGCUUUUGUAAACCAUGAAUAACCAUCAGCGAGCAAAAUGAAACCACAAAUGUAGCAAUAAUGACAUAAUGAUGUAUGUACACACCCUUUCCAUAGCCAACUAGCAUUUUAUUUGCAUCUCUCCUGGGGCUCAAUGGCAUCACUUUGUGAUUCACACUCUACCGUAGGUCUGACAUUUCACUCAGGCCAGUGAAAUAAGGAAAACAUUUCAGCCUUUGGAAGGAUAUCGCUUAAUGCUAUAUUGGUGGUCAGUCAUCACUCAUUACUGCACUUAAAUCCUUUAUAUCACAUCCAGAGUUGAUCCAUGUUCAGCAAGUGCACAUUUGUGCUGGAGAUGCAUACUUUUAAUGAACUUAUAAAUGAUUAUUGUAAUGAAAUGUGCUUUACAAAUGUAACAAAUUAUUAUUAUCAACCAGUGAGAUCCAACUAGGUGAUUUGUAAUUGUUGACCUGACAUUCAUUAGAAACAAAUAAAAUGGUUCUGAACAUUGUUGUUAUUUCACAGGACUAUUUGUCUUGUGACCAUUAGCUAUGUUUUGCCUCUUAGCUAUUGCAAUUAAACAUUUCUUAUGGUUCAAAACACUCAAAUGAAAAGAUUAAUCAGCACAUUUUUUAUUUUAAAAAAAUCCGUAUGAUAUUUAAAACGGACGUAUCCUUCUAACUAAUGUUGCAAAAAGGAAUCUGAAUCUUAAAAAGGAUGACAAAUGUAACUAUCUUGUUGGCAAUGUCCUGGGUGUGAUGGAUAUAUAGUGGAUGCUACAGAUUACAAUGUUCCAUGUAAUGGGGCAGUUCCACAGUAAUGGAAUUACUCUUUGAAUCCGAUUUUUCCCUUAAAAAUGUUUGCCAAACAGUAACCAUUGAUAUCAAAGUUUAACGAACCAUACAAUUCUAUGCACAAGGACUGUUUUAAACAAUUUUAACAAAAAAUGUUCACAAAAACACAUUUACUAGAAGAACUGUACAGAUGCAAAGUUUUGUAACAGAAUUACAGUAAAUUCUCAGUCAGCUUUUUUUAUGUGACCACGUUUUCCAAAAAGCUCUGUUAAAUAUCUGCUCCGAAUUAAGAUUCCAAGAGUGGCGUGUCAGCUAUGACAUAACACCUUGAGUUUAAACAAAUAUAUUUUUGUUAGUGAAUUACAGUAGGUGAAGAGAAUUUACACGCGGUAAAGGAAUUACGGUAACAGAAUUACAUCAUGGGUCCCUGAUCUGUACUAUACCGAAAUGCAUAUGAGUAUCAUUCUCUUCAUGGUGAUGCAUCCUGAAUAGGUAUACAACUGUAGAACUGUCUAAUAUCCUUCUUUGGCAUAUUUGGGUAUUAUUCUACACACGGGCUAUAAUGGUAAUGAGCUCUGACCCCAAACAAGAUCACAUUUGGUUGGUGCGGACCAGACCAAAUCUGAAACAAUCUUAGACGUCUUUGUUUCAUAAGUUUGGACAUCACAGCACAGUAGAGCACAGUACAGUACAGUAAAGUAGAUGUAUUUAGUACGGUACAUUAUACUGUACCCUACUUUGCUGUACAUUACUGUAUUGUACUUUUCUUUAAUGUACUGUACUGUGCUGUCCAAACUUGUGGAACAUAGACUUCUGAGAUUGUUUCCGGCCAGAGAGAGGAAGAGUGAGAGGAAGGCAUUGUCCAAACUGUUUUCACAGUCUUGCUUUGACCACCAAAUGACAGAAAGAGAAAAAAACAUAACAGUGUGGCAGUUGAAGGGAGGACAGUAACAAGUGAUCCAACUGUGGUUUGUGACUACUAUGAUUUCCCAUUGUAGACAAUUCAAUUGCAAUAAAUCCAUUAUGGGUUUUUCAGUAAUUCCAUUACCGAUUUGGUCACAGAAUUACGAGUUUCAUCACUAUAUAAUUCAUAAACAAACUUGAUAUCUGUAAAUACACUAUAACUAUUGAUAUUUAAGCCUUUACUUGUUACAUCUGUGAACUUUCAUUAUCCUUCCACCUCAUGAGGGAGAAAUUAGAAAAUAUCUUAAAGAUUUGUUGGUUUUUGGUAACGGAGCUACAAGGCACUAGGAAAUGUUUCUUAAACUUACACAAGGCAAUUAAUUUCUCCAAAACGAAAUAUAAGUGUUGAUAUUAGUUGGUAGGGGUCUUUACUUCAACAGUAAUGUGUUUUAAUGUAUUUCUAAUACCUUUUAAGACUUUUUCUGGUAUAUGUCGUCUGAGACCCCUUUUCCAUCUGCCUGACCAGAAAUCAAAGCAUUUGCUUAUUCCUAAUUUUAGGAUGGAAGAUUGUUGAAAAAUGUAUAUAUGCCUUAAUAAAAUUA